AUGUCCCCAUAUAAUACCGAUAACGAUAAUCAGAGAGUUCCUUUGAACCCUGAACAGCUGGAAGUUACAGCCAAGUUUCUUCGGCGACUGGCGCAGGAGGAAGACUUCCAAGACCCCUGCACAGUGACCGCCGAAAGCGUCGACUCCGCAAGGCUCUUGACAGCGUUUCUGGAUGACUACGCUGAAGCAGAUGACAGUGCCGACCGAGAGACAUUCCUGACGUCUUUCCUUGACCAUGUCCGUGCAAAUAUCUACGAUGAUGAUAGUUCCUCUCUUCCGCAGGAUGCCAUCGCGGACCUCGACUCCCUCCCCGGUUGGAGCGGAUCAAAAUUGCAAAGGCUCAGGGACGCACUGCGGAAUUUUCCAGGAAGCAUCACGAGUAGUGUCGCACUGUUGUCGUAUGCAGCAGAGCAUGGCUUGGAAACGGUGGUUCGGCGGCUGCUCCUCGCACCAGAGAGCAGCAAUGCUAUUUUCUCGACUACUACCACCGAAACAGAUGACCCAGCAGAGCCAAAGCCCCUUUCGCUGGCAGCCGAGAACGGACACGCUGGAGUUGUCAGCUUACUACUCGCUAAUGGUCACGCCGCCAUCGUGCGGCUCUUGCUGGCCACACCGGGCGUAGACCCCAACUUUGAAGACUGGAAUUACCAGAACCCGCUGCUGCUGGCGGUGCGCAAUGGUCAUGAUGCCAUCGUCAAGCUCCUACUCGCACACGAGGGCCUUAAGGAUCCGAACAUCCCGAACGAGUGGGGAGAGACGUCCCUACUCGUCGCUGCAGAACUGGGACACGAGGCGGUUGUUCAGCGGCUGUUGAGCUGGGCGACAAUCCACCCUGAGACCACCAAUUCGUGA